AUGGCCGAUACAUACUUGUCUUUCGACUUUCCCACCUGGCCGUUGGAUGCGCUGGACGCCCCACACAACCUUGGAUUCGAGCCAGACUACUUUAGCCUGAGCGAGGAAGAGUUGCAGCGAUGCCAGUUUCCAGUUCCAACACGCGACGCAAUACCAGCACAGCUCCUUCUCGACAGUGAACUGGGGUCCGUGGGCGUGGGGCGGCAGAUAUCGGCAAAAACGGACAAUUUCUACCACCCACUGACCAACUACGCGCCCAUGACUGCGGAUAAAUUUCCUUUGUACGUUAUGACCUCAUCGGAUGGAGAACGCGAACUGACGCAGAUGGGCGCACCUAGAUUCCAAGGUCUCUACCAGCUGCCGAAAGACCCUCUUUCCCUUGAUGAAUUACUGCAUUCCACCUCGCAGGUCGCCACCGAACGUGCCCUGUACAUGAACGUGAUGCCGCAGCAUCAGCCCACUCCCUUCUCUCCCUCGUCAUUGCUGGAUUCCAGCAGCUCACCCGACACCAGUUACAGCUCCUAUGUCUGGGAGCAAUGUGCACCAGGGCUGAAUCUCCCCGACGCGCUUCCUCCAACAAUCACGAACGAUAGCGAUGACAGCCUCACCCCACUAGAGAUGCCCGAUGGCAGUACGCGUUUCACGGCUAAUUGGCUGCCUGUGGAUCCCGAGGGUGGUUUCACCAUAUGCUUACCCAAAAAGGCUCCCAUCAACUUAUUCGACCUGGAGUGGAUGAACCACGACAAAGAAACAUUUAUUGCCGCUGAUACUGGGGUGUGA